AUCGAGUUGGCAGCACCACCAAAUGAUUGGUUGAGAAAGCAGCAGCAAGGAAAAAGGCGAGAAAAAAUCGUAAAACUACGAAAACCUACAAGUGCGGGGCAACCGAGGAAGCUGUUGCACACACGCCGGACCACUAUCCGCGCUCUCCGAACACCCGUGCCCGCGUCCGUCGCCACCACAAGAGCAGCAGCAGCAGCAGCCCGAAAUCGGCAGCAGCGGUGGUGCAAGCGAAGAGGAAAAUUCCAGCCGCUCGAAAUCCGCGCCAGCCAAAGGAAGCGCCGCCCACGCCGUCAUCAGCACUAGCGUGUGAAUUAGCCCCACUCAGCCCCUGGCUCGCCACCACAUCAAUCCAGUGCUCGACGAAGCUCCAGUCAGCGCCACAAACUCGGCAACAUGGACGUGUUUCUUAUGAUCAGGCGACAGAAGACCACCAUCUUCACGGACGCCAAGGAGAACACAACAGUGGCCGAACUGAAGCGAAUGAUUGAAGGCAUACUGAAGGUGCAGCCCGUGGACCAGCGGUUAUACAAUCAGGACAACGAUGUUAUGGAGGACGACAGCACGUUGCAGGACUACGGCGUGACGGUGUCCACGGCCAAGGCGCAGUCUCCGGCGCAGCUGGGCUUGACAUUCAGAAACGAAGUGGGCGAUUUUGAGACACUGGACAUGUCACCAUACUCGGCACCACCAGACUUACCUGAAGUGAUGAAAAACCAAGAGGCCUCGAACGGACAGGAGCAAGUUGCAUAAAGGAGCAGUCAGAGUCAGUCAGUCAAUCACCCCUACGAAAACAAUAAACAGCAGCAACCACAUCAUCAAAAGCAGCAGCAGAAGCAGCCGCAUCGACUAUGCCACAGGAAGUGUGUGGCAAAACGAGACAAACUAAAUCCGCUAAAUAUCCAGAGACUCAAUCCUACUGUCGCUCGCUUUUGUCCCCCGCAAACGAAAAAUUAAUGAAAUGAAAUGCCGAACGGAAGGGCGAUAUCCGUGCUCGAUUCCUUCGAAUUGGGCUGCGAAUAUCUUCGAGUCCGACUGGUCAGAACGCAAAACAGCAACAACUGCAGCCGCAAUAGCUAAAUAUGCAUUUUUUCGUUGUUUAUAGCAAGGAACAAUUCACUAUGAUUCUAACACAACAACAAAUUGUACUUUGGAAUGGGAUCUAUAAUAUUCGGCUUUAACUUUA